CCCUGGACAGGAAAGAAAGGGAGAGACCGAGAGGGCGACAGAGACACAUGGAGAGACAGAGAGACAGACAGCUCGCAACACAGUGAGAAACUGAAGAUCAAGAGAGACAUCCAGCAAGAACCUGGGAGCAAGACAGAGGAAGCAGGGAAGCAUUUCUGCUGGCUGGCCUGGACCCAUGACCCCAGCGUCCUGAGCCUUGCAUGCAGGUGGCAGCUGACAGAGUGCAGCUGGGGCCCAGAACUGUGUCUGGCCAAGUGGGCACCAGGACAUCUGACACAGAACAAUGGUGAUUCUUCAGCAGGGCGACUAUGUCUGGAUGGACCUGAGAUCCGGGCAAGAGUUUGAUGUGCCUAUCGGGGCGGUGGUGAAGCUCUGCGACUCUGGGCAGAUCCAGGUGGUGGAUGAUGAAGACAACGAACACUGGAUCUCCCCGCAGAACGCCACGCACAUCAAGCCCAUGCAUCCCACGUCUGUCCACGGCGUGGAGGACAUGAUCCGCCUGGGGGACUUGAACGAGGCGGGCAUCCUGCGCAACCUGCUCAUCCGCUACCGGGACCACCUCAUCUACACAUACACGGGCUCCAUCCUGGUGGCUGUGAACCCCUACCAGCUGCUCUCCAUCUACUCGCCAGAGCACAUCCGCCAGUACACCAACAAGAAGAUUGGGGAAAUGCCCCCUCACAUUUUUGCUAUCGCUGACAAUUGCUACUUCAACAUGAAACGCAACAGCCGCGACCAGUGCUGCAUCAUCAGUGGGGAGUCUGGGGCAGGGAAGACGGAGAGCACAAAGCUGAUCCUGCAGUUCCUGGCGGCCAUCAGUGGGCAGCACUCGUGGAUUGAGCAGCAGGUGCUGGAGGCCACCCCCAUCCUGGAAGCAUUUGGAAAUGCCAAGACCAUCCGCAACGACAACUCAAGCCGCUUCGGGAAGUACAUCGACAUCCACUUCAACAAGCGGGGGGCCAUUGAGGGCGCCAAGAUCGAGCAGUACCUGCUGGAGAAGUCCCGUGUCUGUCGCCAGGCCCCAGAUGAAAGGAAUUACCAUGUGUUCUACUGCAUGCUGGAGGGCAUGAGCAAGGAGCAGAAGAAGAAGCUGGGCCUGGGCCAGGCCACCGACUAUAACUACUUGGCCAUGGGUAACUGCAUCACCUGUGAGGGCCGGGAGGACAGCCAGGAGUACGCCAACAUCCGUUCCGCCAUGAAGGUGCUCAUGUUCACCGACACCGAGAACUGGGAGAUCUCGAAGCUCCUGGCCGCCAUCCUGCACCUGGGCAACCUGCAGUAUGAGGCCCGCACGUUUGAAAACCUGGACACCUGUGAGGUUCUCUUCUCCCCGUCUCUGGCCACAGCUGCAUCCCUGCUCGAGGUGAACCCCCCAGACCUGACGAACUGCCUGACGAGCCGCACCCUCAUCACCCGCGGGGAGACCGUGUCCACCCCACUCAGUAGGGAGCAGGCACUGGAUGUGCGGGACGCCUUUGUCAAGGGCAUCUACGGGCGGCUCUUUGUGUGGAUCGUGGACAAGAUCAAUGCGGCGAUUUACAAGCCCCCCUCCCAGGAAGUGAAGAACUCUCGCCGAUCCAUCGGCCUCCUGGACAUCUUUGGAUUUGAGAACUUUUCUGUGAACAGCUUCGAGCAGCUCUGCAUCAACUUCGCCAAUGAGCACCUGCAGCAGUUCUUUGUGCGCCAUGUGUUCAAGCUGGAGCAGGAGGAGUAUGACCUGGAGAGCAUCGAUUGGCUGCACAUUGAGUUCACCGACAACCAGGACGCCCUGGACAUGAUUGCCAACAGGCCCAUGAACAUCAUCUCCCUCAUCGAUGAGGAGAGCAAGUUCCCCAAGGGCACAGACACCACCAUGCUGCAUAAGCUGAACUCCCAGCACAAGCUCAAUGCCAACUACAUCCCUCCCAAGAACAACCACGAGACCCAGUUUGGGAUCAACCACUUUGCCGGCAUCGUCUACUAUGAGACCCAAGGCUUCCUGGAGAAGAACCGGGAUACCCUGCAUGGAGACAUCAUCCAGCUGGUCCACUCCUCCAGGAACAAGUUCAUCAAGCAGAUCUUCCAGGCGGACGUGGCCAUGUUUCUCUGUGGUUACUCAUCGGGCACUCUCCGCCAGUCAGCAGCUUCUGCGAAGGGCGCCGAGACCAGGAAGCGCUCGCCCACACUCAGCAGCCAGUUCAAGCGGUCGCUGGAGCUGCUGAUGCGCACGCUGGGGGCCUGCCAGCCCUUCUUCGUGCGCUGCAUCAAGCCCAACGAGUUCAAGAAGCCCAUGCUGUUCGACCGGCAACUGUGCGUGCGUCAGCUGCGGUACUCAGGGAUGAUGGAAACCAUCCGAAUCCGCCGAGCCGGCUACCCCAUCCGCUACAGCUUUGUGGAGUUCGUUGAGCGGUACCGUGUGCUGCUGCCUGGUGUGAAGCCAGCCUACAAGCAGGGUGACCUGCGGGGGACAUGCCAGCGCAUGGCCGAGGCUGUGCUGGGCACCCACGAUGACUGGCAGAUUGGCAAGACUAAGAUCUUUCUGAAGGACCACCACGACAUGCUGCUGGAGGUAGAGCGGGACAAGGCCAUCACCGACAGAGUCAUCCUUCUCCAGAAGGUCAUCCGGGGCUUCAAAGACAGGUCCAACUUCCUGAAGCUGAAGAACGCUGCCACGCUGAUCCAGAGGCUCUGGCGGGGCCACAACUGCCGGAGGAACUACGAGCUGAUGCGGCUGGGCUUCCUGCGGCUGCAGGCCCUGCACCGCUCCCGGACGCUGCACCAGCAGUACUGCCUGGCCCGCCGGCACAUCAUCCGGUUCCAGGCCCGCUGCCGCGCCUACCUGGUGCGCAGGGCCUUCCGCCACCGCCUCUGGGCCGUGUUCACCGUGCAGGCCUACGCCCGGGGCAUGAUCGCCCGCAGGCUGCACCGGCGCCUCAGGGCCGAGUACCUGCGGCGCCUCGAGGCCGAGAAAAUGCGGCUGGCGGAGGAGGAGAAGCUGCGGAAGGAGAUGAGCGCCAAGAAGGCCAAGGAGGAGGCAGAACGCAAGCACCAGGAGCGCCUGGCCCAACUGGCUCUGGAGGAUGCAGAGCGGGAGCUGAAGGAGAAGGAGGCAGCCCGGCGGAAGAAGGAGCUCCUGGAGCAGAUGGAGAAGGCCCGCCACGAGCCCAUCAAUCACUCGGACAUGGUGGACAAGAUGUUUGGCUUCCUGGGGACUUCGGGAGGCCUGCCAGGCCAGGAGGGACAGGCACCUAAAGGCUUCGAGGACCUGGAGCGAGGGCGGAGGGAGAUGGUGGAGGAGGACCUGGACGCAGCCCUGCCCCUGCCCGAUGAGGAGGAGGAGGACCUCUCCGAGUACAAAUUUGCCAAGUUCGCUGCCACCUACUUCCAGGGCACAACCACGCACACCUACACCCGGCGGCCGCUCAAGCAGCCGCUGCUCUACCACGACGACGAGGGCGACCAGCUGGCGGCCCUGGCGGUCUGGAUCACCGUCCUCCGUUUCAUGGGCGAUCUGCCCGAGCCCAAGUACCACAUGGCCAUGAGCGACGGCAGCGAGAAGGUCCCAGUGAUGACCAAGAUUUACGAGACCCUGGGCAAGAAGACGUACAAGAGAGAGCUGCAGGCCCUGCAGGGCGAGGGUGAGGCCCAGCUCCCCGAGGGACAGAAGAAGAGCAGCAUGAGGCACAAGCUGGUGCACUUGACCUUGAAGAAGAAGUCCAAACUGACGGAGGAGGUGACCAAGAGGCUGAACGAUGGGGAGUCCACGAUGCAGGGCAACAGCAUGCUGGAGGACCGGCCCACCUCCAACCUGGAGAAGCUGCACUUCGUCAUCGGCAACGGCAUCCUGCGGCCGGCACUGCGGGAUGAGAUCUACUGCCAGAUCAGCAAGCAGCUCACCCACAACCCCUCCAAGAGCAGCUAUGCCCGGGGCUGGAUCCUCAUGUCCCUCUGCGUGGGCUGCUUCUCCCCCUCAGAGAAGUUUGUUAAGUACCUGCGGAACUUCAUCCAUGGGGGGCCGCCUGGCUACGCCCCAUACUGUGAGGAGCGGCUGAGGAGGACCUUCGUGAACGGGACACGGACACAGCCGCCUAGCUGGCUGGAGCUGCAGGCCACCAAGUCCAAGAAGCCUAUCAUGCUGCCCGUGACGUUCAUGGAUGGCACCACCAAGACUCUGCUGACGGACUCGGCCACCACCGCCAAGGAGCUCUGCCACGCGCUGGCUGACAAGAUCUCACUCAAGGACCGAUUCGGGUUCUCCCUCUACAUUGCCCUGUUUGAUAAGGUCUCCUCCCUGGGCAGCAGCAGUGACCACGUCAUGGACGCCAUCUCCCAGUGUGAGCAGUACGCCAAGGAGCAGGGUGCCCAGGAACGCAAUGCCCCCUGGAGGCUCUUCUUCCGCAAAGAGGUCUUUACACCCUGGCACAAUCCCUCUGAAGACAACGUGGCCACCAACCUCAUCUACCAGCAGGUGGUGCGCGGAGUCAAGUUUGGGGAGUACAGGUGUGAGAAGGAGGAUGAUCUGGCUGAGCUGGCCUCCCAGCAGUACUUUGUGGACUACGGCUCCGAGAUGAUCCUGGAGCGCCUCCUGAACCUCGUGCCCACCUACAUCCCCGACCGCGAGAUCACACCGCUGAAGACACUGGAGAAGUGGGCCCAGCUGGCCAUUGCCGCCCACAAGAAGGGGAUCUAUGCCCAGAGGAGAGCUGAUGUCCAGAAGGUCAAAGAGGACGUGGUCAACUAUGCCCGCUUCAAGUGGCCCUUGCUCUUCUCCAGGUUUUAUGAGGCCUACAAAUUCUCAGGGCCUAGCCUCCCCAAGAACGACGUCAUCGUGGCUGUCAACUGGACAGGCGUGUACUUUGUGGACGAGCAGGAGCAGGUGCUUCUGGAGCUCUCCUUCCCUGAAAUAAUGGCUGUCUCCAGCAGCAGGGAGUGCCGUGUCUCGCUCUCUCUGGGCUGCUCUGACCCGGGCUGUGCUGCACCUCACUGGGGCCGGGCAGGACUGACCCCGGCGGGGCCCUGUUCCCCGUGUUGGUCCUGCAGGGGAGUGAAGCUGAUGGCCCCCAGCUUCACGCUGGCCACCAUCAAGGGGGAUGAGUACACCUUCAUGUCCGACAACGCCGAGGAUAUCCGUGACCUGGUGGUCACCUUCCUGGAGGGGCUCCGGAAGAGGUCGAAGUAUGUGGUGGCCCUGCAGGACAACCCCAACCCUACGGGCGAGGAGUCAGGUUUCCUGAGCUUCGCCAAGGGGGACCUCAUCAUCCUGGACCACGACACGGGCGAGCAGGUCAUGAACUCGGGCUGGGCCAACGGCAUCAACGAGAGGACCAAGCAGCGUGGGGACUUCCCCACCGAUUGCGUGUAUGUCAUGCCCACUGUCACCAGGCCACCGCGGGAGAUUGUGGCCCUGGUCACUAUGACCCCCGAUCAAAGGCAGGACGUCAUCCGGCUCUUGCAGCUGCGAACGGCGGAGCCCGAGGUGCGCGCAAAGCCGUACACACUGGAGGAGUUCUCCUACGACUACUUCAGGCCCCCGCCCAAGCACACGCUGAGCCGCGUGAUGGUGUCCAAGGCCCGCGGCAAGGACCGGCUCUGGAGCCACACACGGGAGCCGCUCAAGCAGGCACUGCUCAAGAAGAUCCUGGGCAGCGAGGAGCUCUCGCAGGAGGCCUGCAUGGCCUUCAUCGCUGUGCUCAAGUACAUGGGCGACUACCCGUCUAAGAGGAUGCGCUCUGUCAACGAGCUCACAGACCAGAUCUUUGAGGGUGCCCUGAAGGCUGAGCCCCUCAAGGACGAGGCGUAUGUGCAGAUCCUGAAGCAGCUGACCGACAACAACAUCAGGUAUAGCGAGGAGCGGGGCUGGGAGCUGCUCUGGCUGUGCACGGGCCUCUUCCCACCCAGCAACGUCCUCCUGCCCCAUGUGCAGCGCUUCCUGCAGUCUCGCAAGCACUUCCCACUCGCCAUCGACUGCCUGCAGCGGCUCCAGAAAGCCCUGAGAAAUGGGUCCCGAAAGUAUCCCCCACACCUGGUGGAGGUGGAGGCCAUCCAGCACAAAACCACCCAGAUUUUCCACAAGGUCUACUUCCCUGACGACACAGAUGAGGUCCCUCCACCUGGUCCCGUCUUCCAGAGGAGGCUGCUGGUCCUUCUGUCAUGCCCACAAUGCCUCGCCUUCGAGGUGGAGUCCAGCACCAAGGCCAAGGACUUCUGCCAGAACAUCGCCGCCCGGCUGCUCCUCAAGUCCUCGGAGGGAUUCAGCCUCUUUGUCAAAAUCGCAGACAAGGUCAUCAGUGUCCCUGAGAAUGACUUCUUCUUUGACUUUGUUCGACACCUGACAGACUGGAUAAAGAAAGCGCGGCCUGUCAAGGAUGGAAUCCUGCCCUCGCUCACCUACCAGGUGUUCUUCAUGAAGAAGCUGUGGACCACCACGGUGCCAGGGAAGGACCCCAUGGCUGAUUCCAUCUUCCACUAUUACCAGGAAUUGCCCAAGUAUCUCCGAGGCUACCACAAGUGUACACGAGAGGAGGUGCUACAGCUGGGGGCACUGAUCUAUAGGGUCAAGUUUGAAGAAGACAAAUCCUACUUCCCCAGUAUUCCCAAGCUGCUAAGGGAGCUGGUGCCCCAGGACCUCAUCCGACAGGUCUCACCUGACGACUGGAAGCGGUCCAUCGUCGCCUACUUCAACAAGCACGCAGGGAAAUCCAAGGAGGAGGCCAAGCUGGCCUUCCUGAAGCUCAUCUUCAAGUGGCCCACAUUUGGUUCAGCCUUCUUUGAGGUGAAGCAAACUACAGAGCCAAACUUCCCUGAGAUCCUCUUAAUUGCCAUCAAUAAGUAUGGGGUCAGCCUCAUUGAUCCUAGAACCAAGGACAUUCUGACCACUCACCCCUUCACCAAGAUCUCCAACUGGAGCAGCGGCAACACCUACUUCCACAUCACCAUUGGGAACCUGGUGCGCGGGAGCAAACUGCUCUGUGAGACAUCACUGGGCUACAAGAUGGAUGACCUCUUGACGUCCUACAUUAGCCAGAUGCUCACAGCCAUGAGUAAACAGCGGAGCUCCAGGAGUGGCAAAUGAACAGUGGUGAGGAGGUACUGGCUUGGUGCCUGCUCUCCAGGCGGCACCUGGCUGAGGCCCAACAGCUACCCCUGCAGCUGGGGGAAGACCUUUGCCACCCAGGCAGGGAGGCUGGGCCAGCCGGCCACCAGUGACCACACCAACGUGGCCUCUGACCCUUCUUCCAGUGAGGCAGCCUUGCUGGUAUGCAGAACUCCCCUCCACCCAUCCCUGAGGUACCUGGGUUCGGUUCUCGUCCCAGCUUGCUGUGGUCUUCCCAGCUGUAAAAGUCCGGAUGCUUCUCCUGUCUUUGACCGGCCCCAGCAUGAGACCUCCCCACCCUGCUUUGACUCCCAAUGCACCCUUCUGACAGAGGUAUCAAGAAGACAACCAAGCUCUUCAUAAUGCAGCAACCAAACCAAACGUGCAUUGAACAGAACACUCUGAAACCUAAAGGACUGGGUUAAUUCCCAUAAAUCCAAGGGCUUCAGCUGGGUGAGCGAGAGAGACCUCUUUCAUAUAUUGCAGUGUAAAUUCUUGGCCCCUGCUCAAGUCUCCCCUGAUCACCUCAGGGCAUAAAACGUGUGUUUCAUCCUCUG